GCCCUUAUUAGAGAUGGUUUUAAGUGUGUGGUGACUGGAAUAUACGAUACAGAAGCAGUGGGAAUUCGAGGUAUCGAUCAAGAAGACAUACUCCGAGUAACUACGGUUAACACAGAAUGCGCCCACAUUGUACCGGAGUCCACUUUUUUCGAUGUAUCACGCCCGAGCUCGCCCGAGAAGAAGGAUUAUUCCGCCUCAGUGUUGGCGGUGUUGAAGUGUUUUGGCUGUGACGUCAGAAACCUGAAUGGUGCCAAGGUGCACUCACUUUACAACGUCAUGACGCUGGAGCACAAUGUGCGUGACUGGUUUGAUCGUCUGGAGAUCUGUUUUGAGGAGACAACAGUCAAGGAUUGCUAUCGUGUCCAGAAUAUCAACCGGAUCCGCCGCGUGCCCGCGACGAUAACGUUGACAUCGCCCAACCCUAAUAUCCUUCCCCUCCCUUCUCCGGAACUUCUAGCCCUGCAUGCGGCUUGUGCCAAGGUUGCCCAUCUCUCAGGUGCAGGAGCCUAUAUUGACAAACUUGAUCGAGAUCUGGAUGAUCUGGGUGUAUUGGCAUAUGACGGAGGGUCAACCGACGUCCUGAGUCACGCACUGUUGCGUUUGAUGACCGACUCCGUCGAUGUUGGAGCGUGA